GAGCUAUGAGGCGCAGAUACAGAACUACCGGGGGAGCGACCCGCUGGAGCCGUGGGACAGGUAUGCACAGUGGGUAGAAGGAUGUCUUCCCCUUCAAGAGAAGCAAACCCGCUUGCCCGGUCUCCUGGAGCAGCUCGUGAAGGUGUUCUUAAGCGACAAGCGGUACCACCAAGAUCCGCGGUUUGUUAACCACUGCAUUAAGCUGGCAGAGUUCAUCACUUCUCCUUGCCAGUAUUUUGAGUACCUGUACGGGCAGGGAGUUGGCGCAAAGGCGUCUCACUUGUAUAUCGCUUGGGCUCAGCAGCUGGUCAACGAUGGCAACGUGCAGUGUGCGGGAGCUGUCCUGCAGAAAGGCCUUCACAACCAGGCACAGCCCCGAGAGAACCUGCAGCAGCUGUACUGCUGGCUGCAGAAUUACGAUCCUCAGAACCCUCCUUUGCAAGGUUCUGCUGUUAUAAAACCACUUCAACCUUCGCAUGCUGCAAAUCAAAUGGCUCCUCAAAAAGGUGUUUCAGAUCUUAAAGACCCAGUGUACACCUGCAAAAAUCAGGGUCCUGAUUUCAGCGGUACUCAGUCCUGCUCUGCUGGUGGAAGGGAAGAAGUAAAGUACGUUACGUACAUCUCCAAAUCCGAAGUUCUUCCGAAGCCGUCCUCUGCUGUUGGUGAAUGUCAGCAGGUUGUGAUGUAUGAUAAAAACCUGCUCCUGUGUGAAGGCUCUGAGCUGUCCUUUGAGGAGGUCAGAGCCAAGAGAUACUUCCAGAAGUACGAGCGCCUCAGAAGACAGCAAGAACUGGAAGAAGAAGAGAGAGACUCCCAAAGGAAGAAGGAGUCGGCUGUCCUUGAGCUGCAAGCCCUGCAGCAGAAGCUGGAGCAGCUCACCCAGCUCACCAAGAGCCCGGAGGAAACUAGGCUGGAGCCAGCCUGUACCAAAUCAGCUGAACCGAAUGAAACAAUGGUGCAUCUACACAUGGCACCCGGUGCAGCUCUACAGCAGAACACGAUGGCAUCUUGUCAGAAUUCAGAUCUGCCCAACGCCCGAGCUCUGGUCUCAGCCCAGGCUGGAGCAAGCACCUCAUUCUGCUCUGCUCUUACACAGUCGGUGAAACCCGCUGGCCUCCGGAUGGCAUCAGCCUCGCUGUGGGAGGGAAUGGCUCAGAAGGAGGCAGUCAAAACUCAGCUGCAGCCUGGAGAAGCCCAGAGCAGUUUGUGCCACCCUCCAUUCAAUACUGUUUUGGCUCAGGAGCGGACACAUCCUGGCUCGGCUCUUAACUGGAGCACUGCAGAACAGUACCCUAACAAGAGAUCUGCUGGACUAACUGCGGCUGGGGACGUGAAAGAAGCAUCCGGAGCUGGAAAUUCUUCCUUUGCUUCUGGCAAUGCUUCUCAAGCCACCCCAAACACCUCGCUGGGAGGAGCAACGCCGUUCAAAGUGCAGCCUUCGCCGACCGUUCACACCAAGGAAGCGCUGGGUUUUCUCAUGGACAUGUUUCAAACACCCAUCUUGCCUGAACCAUCUCCUCUCGAAGAGAGCGAGGAGCAAUUUGAAGCCUUUUACAGAAAAAGUGAGCCUGAUGGAAGUGUGAAAGCCAACGUUAUUGCCCCGGUCGUGCCUGCAUUUUCUAUCUUUGAAGAUGAGAAUGAAAAAGAGAACAGCAGGUUCCCCCAGCAUAAAACCAAGGCAGAAAAGCCCAGGACUGGUGGAGACCAUCCCCUGAUGGACUGUGCAGCGAGUACGGAGGAAGAAACAGGGACACCAGAGUUCUUGCGGGAUGAUUAUACGGUGUGGAACGUACUGAACAGUAACAAAACCUUAGCUCCCAGUCCCAACAACACGAGAGACUUCGCGCGAGCUGCCCAGCUUGUAUCAACACCCUUUAACUACCUGGCGGCACACACGCGACAGGCUUUGGAGGACAAAGCCUGCGGGGAUGACUUGCCGCAGAUGGAUUUGGAGUUCUCUGAAGAGCUGCACAAGCAGGAAAAAACCAAGAAGCUCAGCCCUGCUCUGGAACACCUUGCAGAACAAAGAGAGCUUCAAGGAAAGGGAAUUCAAGGAAUUGCUCCAACUGCUUCACAAAGAUCACACGAGCAGACUGCCACAAGCUGCACUGAGUACUCCCUGUCUGUUGGGGUGGACAAAAUCUCCCAGGAAAAGGUGUCUGGAGCUGGACAGGAGCGGACAGCCCCGAGUGUCAGAGCCGCAGUCCUUGUUGAGAACCCUUGGGAUAAGGAGUUGAUUCACAAAUUCUUAUCAGAGCUUCCUAAACCGCUCCACACCUAUGCCAACUACUUUGAGUGGCAAUCUGCUCUUCCAUCCAUCAGGCCGAAGGUUGUACUCCCCCUGGGUCCCAGCUCGUUCCAAGUGGACUGCUUGGUUGGGGAAGGAGCUUUUGCCCAGGUCUAUCAGGCUUCUGUUCUGGAUGCUGGUAACUCAAGGAACAAUGAGAAAGUGAUAUUUAAGGUCCAGAAGCCUGCCAACCCUUGGGAGUUCUAUAUCGCGACGCAGCUGCUGGAAAGGCUCCAUCCAAGCAUCCACCACCUCUACAUCCACUUCUACUCUGCUCAUUUCUUCCAAAAUGGGAGCGUUCUGGUUGGCGAGCUCUACAGCUACGGAACGCUGCUGAACGCCAUCAACAUUUACAAAAAGCUUCCCGAGAAGGUGAUGCCUCAAGCGCUCGUCAUCUACUUCGCUGUAAAAAUUCUUUACAUGGUGGAAGAGCUCCACAGCUGCAAAAUCAUUCACGGUGACAUUAAGCCUGACAAUUUCAUACUCGGAGAAAGGUUUCUGGACAACGAUACGUGUGACAUCGACAGCCUCUCUCAUGGCUUGACGCUCAUCGACCUGGGACAGAGCAUAGACAUGCGGCUGUUCCCGGAAGGAACGGCGUUCACUGCCAAGUGCGAAACGUCGGGGUUUCAGUGCGUUGAAAUGCUGACGCAGCAGCCGUGGAGCUACCAGACAGACUCCUUUGGCGUUGCAGCCACCGUCUACUGCAUGCUCUUCGGCAGCUACAUGCAAGUCAAGAACGAAAACGGCGUCUGGAAGCCCGAGGGAACCUUCAGAAGGCUGGCCAACGCUGAGCUGUGGAAAGAGUUCUUUGAGAGCAUGCUGAAUAUCCCCGGCUGCCACAGCCUGCCUCCGCUGGGAGCCCUGCGCAAAAGGCUGAGGGACUUAUUCUGCAGGUCCUACGCAAAGGAAAUAAAGUUGCUUCGGAACCGGCUCGUCAUGCUGCUCAUCGAGCACAGACGGUCACGAAAAUGA